AAACUGCUAAUGCAGUAGAAGUCCCUUGGUUUCUCUCCCCUUUUUGAAUCUCUAAAAGUCUUUGUUUUCUAGAGAGAGAAAGCCGUCAGUACAGUAAUGGCGUUCUUAUCAUUCACAGGGAGGAUUCUCUUUGUAUCAGUCUUCGUUCUCUCCGCUUAUCAAGAAUUCAGCGAAUUUGGGGUUGACGGUGGGUCAGCAGCAAAGGCUUUAAGUCCUAAGUUCAAUGUUUUCUCAAAGCAUGUGACGACACACACUGGAUUUCAAGUACCACAUGUAGAGAUGAAACAUCUAGUGUUGGGGGCGUUAGUUAUGAAGGGUCUUGGAAGCCUUCUUUUUGUCUUUGGUAGCUCUCUUGGAGCUUACAUCCUGCUUUUGCAUCAGUCCAUUGCUACUCCCAUCGUAUAUGACUUCUACAACUAUGAUGUUGACAAGAAAGAGUUUGCUCAACUUUUUGUCAAGUUUACUCAGAGCUUGGCACUCCUUGGCGCGCUGCUCUUCUUUAUCGGCAUGAAGAACUCUAUGCCCAGGCGAUCCACAAAGAAGAAGGCUCCUAAGGCAAAAACAGUUUAAAGGAUGAGAUGGUUUCAGUUUUGUUGUGAUUGAUUCACAGCACGCCAUAGCCCCUGAAGAGUUUCUUGUAAGCGUUGUAUUUUGCAGUUUUACUGCACUCUCAUUUUGCUCUCUUUUGGUUGAAUUUCCCAACUUUGUAGCUCUUUUUUUUUCUUUUCUUUUUUUCUUGUUUUCUGUGGAUGGAAGUUUCACUCUUCCAAAAAAUGAUUUAGACAGUGAUAGUCCAAAAGAAUAGGGAACAUUUAGUUGAAAACGCUUACAUUUGAGUACUUACAUUUAUUUGAUAGCUUUUGUUCGUUCUCA